AUGGCGAACACCACACUUUGCACAGACACAUCUGAAGCUACAGAAUUAUAUGGGCCAGGCCAUCUAUAUAUUAAACCAAUAGCCAAACUGAAUAUAUGUGUACAGUUACCUCAGUUAAAAGGACCAUCAGGAAAAGCUAUAUCUAAUUGGGAGGUGAUGGAACGUAUCAAACAUAUGAUCACACCAGAGACUUUUAUCACACUCAAAAUUGUUAAGAGCACUCUAGAAUUCAUUAGGCUAGAAGGGGAAAUAGAAAAUAAAGGCAAAAUCAAACUUUUGAUAGCCAAAUUGGAUACCAAAAUUUUAAAGUUAAGUGGCUUCACAGAAGUUCUGAAAAUGCGAGCAGCAGAAGCCAAAAUAAACUUUCCAUCCAAGCAUGAUUGGGAUUCCUAUUUCCGUGAUGCUAAAAACAUGAAUGAAAUGAAAGCUGGUGAAAGACCUGACUGUAUCCAUUUAAAAGAUCUUCCAACACGCUGGUUUGCAUCAAACAGCUCUUCAGACAAAGACAAGCCUAGUGAAACCACAUUACGGAGAGUUUUUGAAGUUUUUGGUGAAGUGAGGUGUGUAGACAUUCCCAUGCUAGAUCCAUAUCGACGUGAAAUUAUAGCAGCCACAAAACCUGGUGGUAUUCAAACAUUUAAUUAUAACCAGGGCCUGACAUUUGAUUGUUUUGUACAAUAUAAAGAGUAUAUUAGUUUUAUGAAAGCUAUGGAUGCUCUGAGAGGUAUGAAGUUAAUGUUCAAAGAUGGCGACAAAGCACUGACAGCAAAUAUAAAGGUUGACUUUGACAAAACGAAGCAUCUGACUGAUAAAAACAUCCGAAAAAGAAGAUUAGAAAGGGAAAAGCUGGAAGAACUAGAAAGAUUACGAGAGGACAAAGUUCGGAAGGAAAAAGAAGCAGAAGAAAAGAAAGAAAGAGAAGAAAGACAAAAGAAAGAAGAAGAGGAAAGAGAAAAGGAAAGGAGAAGGUUGGAUAAAAUUAAAAUCAGAGAGGCUAGACAAAGAGAGAGGGAAGAAAUUAGAAGGAGAAAGAAAUUAGAGAAGAAGAAACGAGAAGAAGAAGAGCGAAUGCAGUUAAAGAUAGCUCUAGAAGAACGAAAGUUUCUACUAGCUGAAAGAAAGUUACAGUCUAUACAUCUGUUAUCAGUAUUAUUUGAUAGAGUAAAGGUGAGAAUUUGA